UGCCACGUGACAUUCGUGCCAGGUCAUGUGAUCGAUUUACAUCCUCCUUGCUGCAGUCAACUUUUCCCUCAGCAAAUCCCAAACAAACGAACAUGGCGGAUUAUGAGGAGCAGCAGAGCCUGUUGGGAGAUGAGGCCGAGGACAGACAGGCGGCCGUGGGACCGGGCAGACCCCUGCCGGCCAUCUGCGACCCCGGACACCUCCUGCACCGAGUGGUGGUCCUGGUAUUCAUGUGCUUCUUGGGAUUUGGAAGCUACUUCUGUUAUGAUAACCCAGCUGCACUUCAAACUCAAGUCAUCCAGGAUCUGGAUCUGAACACUGCAAAGUUCAUGCAGCUGUAUGCCUGGUACUCCUGGCCCAAUGUGGUUCUCUGCUUCUUCGGGGGGUUCCUGCUCGAUAGGGUUUUUGGCAUCAGGCUGGGAACCAUCAUCUUUUCCAUAUUUGUCUGUGUUGGACAGGUAAUAUUUGCUACUGGAGCUUUGCUGAAUCGCUUCUGGCUCAUGGAAGCUGGACGUUUUGUAUUUGGUAUUGGAGGAGAGUCCCUGGCUGUGGCCCAGAACACCUAUGCAGUGAACUGGUUUAAAGGAAGGGAGCUGAAUCUAGUGUUUGGCCUUCAGCUCAGCAUGGCACGCGUGGGCAGCACAGUAAACAUGAACAUCAUGGGCUGGGUGUACAGCAGAGUCGUCGCCCUCGUUGGCGCUCCUGGACACACCGCACUAGGCGUUUCACUCAUGAUCGCUGCUGUGACCUGCCUGUUUUCACUCACCUGUGCCUUGGUGUUGGGAUUCCUUGACAAAAGAGCAGAGAAGAUCCUCAACAAGGAACAAGGCAAAACAGGCGAAGUGAUCAAGUUGACUGACGUGAAAGACUUCCCCUUAACCCUGUGGCUCAUCUUCAUCAUUUGCGUUGGCUACUAUGUCGCCAUUUUUCCCUUUAUUGGACUGGGACAGGUGUUCUUCAUUGAAAAAUUCAACUUCUCACCAGCUGAAGCCAGAGCCGUCAACAGUAUUGUGUACAUCAUCUCAGCCCCUGCAUCUCCAGUUCUAGGCUUCAUGGUGGAUAGGAUAGGCAAAAACGUGAUUUGGGUAAUGGUUGCUGUGAUCGCCACACUCGCCGCUCACAUGAUGCUGGCCUUUACCUUCUGGAACCCAUGGAUCGCCAUGUCCCUCCUGGGUCUCUCCUACUCCUUACUGGCCUGUGCACUGUGGCCCAUGGUGGCCUUUGUGGUACCAGAGCAUCAGCUGGGGACAGCCUAUGGCUUCAUGCAGUCCAUCCAGAACCUGGGACUGGCUCUCGUUGCUAUGGCAGCAGGAUCUAUCCUAGACACCCGAGGAUACCUGUUUUUAGAAGUGUUUUUCUGCGUCUGCAUCUGCGUUUCACUGAUGGCAGUGGUGACGCUGUACUUUGUGGAUUAUCUUAAAGGAGGAGAUUUGAACAUGUCAGCCGCAGGCAGAGCCAGACUCCAGAAAGAAGCCACUUCAGAUGCAGAGUGAUGAUGAUGAUGAUGAUGAUGAUGAUGAUGAUGAUGAGGGAACACGUAGUCCUGGGCUUCAGAGCCAGCAGGCUGCACUGUCCACCCCAGAGCUGUCAAUCAACUGCCACGGGGCGGGACUGCACUACUGACUCCGCCCAGUGCUGUCAGCUGUGGCUCUUCCCAUCACAACUGACUGUCUGAACAAAACCAACCUUUUAUACAUAGCUUAUUAUGUCCCUACCAGGAGGACCAAUGACACGUCUCAGUUUGGCCUCAACAGUUCCUCUCUGACCUCUCACACUGAUGUCAUAUCCUCCACUGACUUGUGGGUGUGUGUCAAACUUACGGAAAAAGUCAAGAUGCUUUGAUAGUGUUUUUUCAAACCCUUUUAAGCAAAAGACAAGACUCAUAUCCUGUGGAUUGGUACCUUUUAUAUAAUAGAUUUUAUGACAUGCUAAUUGAUCACCCAAUAUAGGAUUUCUAUAUUCAUUCAAUUGUUUUAAAUGUAUAUAAUGGUAACUUUGUGGAUGUUUUUAUAUGUUUUUUUGUACAACUUGUUCUCAGAACGACCCUGUUACUCGCCUUAUUUCAGGCAACUCAGCAGUUUGUUUAUGUACAUAUCAGUUGUCAGCAUUCACAAAAGUUGCCAACCAAAAUCCUCCCUUCUGGACUUUCAUACUUAAUUCUAAUCCUAUGCGUCAUCGACCCUUUAUAGUUUAUAAUGUCUAAAAGAGCAUAGCUCUUGUUUAAAUCUUCAAUGUUUAAUUAUUUUAUUCCUAAAUUAAUUUACCUGCUCUUCACUGGUUUGGAAAGUUCAUAAAGAUAAAUGUUCUGUUGCAUCAUCAAAUAUGAUAUCACUAUAAUGAUCUGAAAGACAAUUAAAAGAAAGAGGCUCACUUUCAAGUGCAUAUACCCAUGUAAUAAUAAUUCCCCAGAUUUGACCUUUUUACAAAUUGCUUUUAUCCUUGUGACCUUUAAAACAUGUUUUUAGACAAUUUUGCAACAUUUUCAAGCUCAGGAAACUAAGUGGUAUUAAGCAAUUGCCCGCAAAUCUUUGCUUGCUUCAUCUGAACGUUGAGACAAAAUGCACUCCGAUUAAAUCUCAUCAUUCCAGUAAAGUGGGAAGAGAUUUAUCGCUGUGUUGGUAUCAGGGUCGAAAACUGUGGCGGAUAAACAAUCACUACCUCAGUUGGGCAAAUAAGUCAUCUAAUAAUUAAGAGUAACUUAACGACCCCAAAAAAUAUUGUGUUAUUUUUUUCUUGCAUAGUUUGACUUCUCACUUUGCUGCAGUGAUGUAGAAGUGUUGUAUAGGGCCUUCCCUUGCACUGUGACAUCACUGUUGAUUACCAGUGAUGGUUAGACUUGAGUCUAACUCUGUUUUUCAAUCUGGUGUUAAGUUACCCUAUAGAGCCCAAACUGUGCAAGAAGCCGGCAUGUAGUUAAAAUGUUGUGAUUGCACAUUAUAAUGACCAGAGUGUCAUACUGUACAACCAGAAACAUGCCACUCUUCACCUAUCACUCAUUUGCACUAUGGUGGUUGUUAACUGAAAAUGUUUGUGUGAAAGUAUCAACUGUUAUUGAGCUGUGUACAAGAAAUUACACAAGAUCCAUUGUACAAUGAAAGACAGUGAGAUUAUACAGAAAGCCACUAAAAUAAGUAUUUUUGUAGAACCAAAUCACAAUUGUUAAUGUUAAUUAAACACAACUAUUUGAAAGCA